AUGUCCAAAAGAGAGAACGAAUUCCCUGCAACAUCCAUAAGCCGUUCGACGGGUGCUCGACUGCAAGCACAACCCCCUGCAUCCCCCGCACACGAAGCACAUCCACUUCUUUCUCCAGGGCCAUCCUCUCCAACGCCAUCGGAGCAAGGACACGCCGUUUCAGGAAGCGGCGCCACACUCAGCGUCAAUGGUGGCCCUCGAUAUGUCCCUUACACGCCUCGCCAGCGCGUAACUGCGACCUCAGCCACCACAGGCAUGACAGUUCACCCACAUUCACCGCAACAGCAUCAGGGAGAUGCUACUAGCAAACUGCAGCUCAUGCAUCUGAAGGCAGCCGCGCAAGCGAUAGGUUUGGAUAGUGGAACUCUGGGCUGGACGAUACUGGAGAAGUUGGUAGUCGAUGUAGAGACCUCGGACGAAUGGUUGGACAUUUGGCAAGCAAUUACCAGUGGCAAGGCAACGCUUCUUUUGCCCUUGGAAUCUACGUUCUCAAAUUUCAAAAUCACUCCCGAUUUUCUGAAAGAUCAUAUCGUGUUAUGCGAGGGUUCAUCCCGAAAAAGUCUACCCAUUGUAACUCUAUCUGGCCUUCGUGGAACUCUAGACGGUGAAGUGCUGACCCUCCGUUCCACCAUCAAUACCACCUCGAAACUAUUUCAAGAUCUUCUCAAUCCUGCAACAAGAGCAUCUGCUCUUGCUUGUCUUCCCCCGCUACCUGUGCCACUAUCUGACGUGAUACCACCUGUACCAUACCCCCAAUAUCACAUUCCCCAUUAUUCACCUGCUUUACAUUUGCCGCCAAGAUCCCAAGCGUCAAGUAAACCCCCGCUUCCUCCAAGACCAGCUGGUCGGCUUGGUUCUUCGACCACCAAUUCUGUCCCAUCACGGAUAACCAACCCCUUUGCCUCUCUCUUCGGUUCAAAACCUUCGACUCCCGCACCUUCAUCCCCGCCUUCUUCUUUGCACAGUCUCGACUCGACAAUCGACCCCAAUGCGUCCUUUGAGAUCCCAGCCUUUACGAUAGGACGUAAAAUUGUCAGAAAGGAUCUCGCGAAAGAGAUCAACAAGUCGUUGAAGAAUGAGUUGAAAGCCGGGCUAGCAUCUACGGCGUCGUUAGGAAAUAUCCCUGUCCCAAGCUGGGUGGCUGAAAGGGUGCAUGAUAUGACGGCCGAUUGGUAUCCGUUUAUCAAAAGUUCUUCGGGAUCUUCAAAGAGCAAUAAAGACUCUUCCGGCAACGGGCAUGGAUAUAUUGUCAAUCCUAUAGAAGAAAGCCCUGACGAUGCUGCGGAAAGACUGCAAGACUUUUAUCUCGAGCUGGAGCAGGAUAUGAGGGCGGGUGGCACACCGUUUAUUCCACGGCGGCGAGAAAAAGAAGGAGAGGCGGAGGCGGAGGAUGAGAAAGACAGGGAGAAACGCGAAAACGAUCGUAUGGAAAGCGAAACCCGAGUUCGUGAGGUCAUGGAGGCAGUCGAACGCAUUAUCACGUCGCUUUUCUAUGAUCGUUUGUUUAUGCAAUCUACCACCGAUGAUGCAUCGCAUGAUGAAGCUCUUACCAGUCGUGUGGCAGCUCUCAAUAUGUUGGAUCUGGGUCUCGGUCAUCUUGGGAUUGAAGUUGGAGAUGCUGUAAACGAACCAGAGCUUGACGCAGUUGUCAAAGCAUGUGGAGAAUUGCUCAGUCAGUUGGAUACGUGUAGAAGUCCUGGUGACAAAUCUGCUCUCCUAGUAGCAGCUCAUAGAGUUGUUGUCGACGGAUUGUCCAGACUGCCUCCCAUUCGCCUGAUAUCUGAGCAUGACGCUGAUCAAGAUGUGGAUGAAGAUCCACAAACUGCCAGGCCUACAAAAAAGUUUGAAAAUAGCGAAGAUGGACAGGCAGAAACCAUUGAUAAAUCAUCUUGUACCGAUGCUCAGAGCGCCAAUAAGCCAGCCAUCGAUGCACAAGGGCGAGAGGAUGCCAACAUCCAGUCUUCGCCUGAUAACUCAUCUUCGGCACCUGAUAUCCCAACUGCCCCUUCGAAAGUCAAAUCUCCUCCUCCGCCUCUGCCACUUGACUCUCCUGCGCCUCCACCGGUCCCUGUAAUAUCUCAGCUGCAACGGCCAACUCCUCCAAAAGAACCUACGCCAGUAUCUGGCGAUGUUCUUUUGCCAAUGAUCAUUUUUUCUGUUGUCAAAGCAAAUCCUCCACAUCUAGUCUCGAAUUUGCUAUUUACACAGAGAUUCAGGAAUCAGUCUGUUGGUGGCGAGGAGAGCUAUUGCCUUAUCAAUUUAAUGGCUGUCGCUGAAUUCUUAGAGAAUGUGGAUAUGGCUGGGUUAGGACUCGGCGACAGCGACAAGGUCAUGAGCACCGCGGACCUUACUCCAAUACCAUUGACACGUAGUCCGGUCACUUCUGAAACUCCUCUCGAACCACUCGACGGCGGUCAAGGGCUACGUGGACGAGUAGGACAACAAGUCGAUGCCAUCGCCGAUUCAGCCAACAAAGUGAUUAGCGGUGUGGUCGACUCGUCGUUCGGUAUCCUGCGCUCGUUCAUGCCUGCCGGUGUGGACCCAAAGUCGCCUGCCAGUGGCCGUCUGACACCUGGCACGCCUGGGUCCAGACCAGCUGGAUUUGGUCUGUUGCGACGCGAGAGCGGGUUUUCGAUUGCAAGUUUGGCUGCUUCUCUGCCCAUCACCGGACGAUCUAGGUCAAAUACGGGUGCCGAAGAGUCAGGACAGCAACUCGUUACCGUUUCCAGACCGUCGUCUGUACGAUCUCGAGCCUCUUUGCGAAUCAAGGUGGGAGGAGAGGACAGCCAGGAUGAAGCCAGCGACUCCUCCAGUGCUACCUCCAACGAAGAUGAUAGUGAGGUCGAUGGCGAAGAAGAAGGGGCCGAGUAUGAGGACGACGAUGAGCAAGGACAUACCGGCGUGGGUGAUGCACGGAGCAUACGAAGUUUCGAAAGCAUGUUAAGUGCAAGCAAAGAAAAAUCCAAGAUGUCCCGUGCGAGGAAAAGUUUGUCAGACCGACUGGCAUCUGUUUCCGCUCUGGCCGGUCGAAAGGGGGGUUCGCCACCGCCUGAGUCACGAAGGUCAUCUUUACUUCACCCACAGCCUUCCGUUGCAAGACCUGUCAGCCCUGUAUCUUCCAGAGCUGCAUCGCCUAUACCAUUGCGACUACCGCCUCCAAAACAGAGGUUCCUGGAAUGUAACCCAGAUGACUUACGUCUCUCGGAAGUCGGAGAGCUGCUGCGGGAAUAUCGCCGGUUAGUAGAAGGCAUUCGGACUGUUGGAGGCUUUGACGAGUAG